GGUUGAAGCUCCAUUGUUGAACGUAGAAAUGUCCUUUCUGUAGUACUGCAAUCAUGUAGUAACGAAAACAUAAUGUCCAUUGUUAGUACAAUCAAAGUCAAUGGAUUAAUGUUUCCCUUCAAGUUGUCACACAAAAACUGGGUAACAAAAUAACAACAUGCUGCAAAAAAAAAUAAAAUGACGAAGACGAGAGUCACUUCCGGUAUCUUUGGAAUGUUAUCGCAAUGUAUUGUGGGAGUAUGCCAAACAAGAUGGCGGAUAUUAUCAUCUCUGCAAUUUAGUAAUUGAGGUUGUGACGGCUAUCUUCAUGACUUAUUCUUAGUAUGGCCGAAAAAGAAGAAUUUAUUGAACAAUCAGAAUUAGCUAUCGCUGCUGAUGUAGAGGAACAGUAUACUGCUCCACCGAGAGGUAAGAAACGAAAAAUUGAAGAAGAUGCUCCAUUCAAAAGUGAUUCUGAUUCAGAGUCAGAAGAAGAGUCCAAAAAAGUGAAUAGUGGUGAUUCCAGUGCAUAUGUGAAAAAACAGAAAUUUGAAGAGGAAAACUUAGUAGUUGCAUCUGAGGAGGAAGAUGACAGUGACAACGAAGAUGAUGAUGAAGGUGAAGAUGGAGACAGUGAUGAAGAUAGUGAUGACAAGGAUGAAGAUGAUGAGGAAGACGAUGAUGAUGAUGAGGUAAUUGAAGGAGAAGAAGAUUGCGGAGAAGAGGAAGGUGAUGAUGUUGGGGAAGACAUUGAAUCUGAUGAGGAGGGUAGUUCAGAGGAGGAGGAGGAGGACGUGGUAGAUGAGGAGGAAGAAGAUGAUGAUGCACAUGAGUGUUCAAAUGAUGAGGAAGAAAAGUGCCCUGUUUGCUUGAAUAGUUUUGAUGAACAAGAUGUUGGGACGCCUGAAAGCUGUGACCAUACAUUCUGUCUUGAGUGUAUUCUUGAGUGGUCCAAGAAUGUUAACACAUGUCCAGUAGACAGACAAAUUUUUCGAUCUAUCCUGGUUCGACAUUCUUACCAUAGUGAUGUUGUUAGGACUAUUGCAGUUGAUGACCAUACACAGCCAGAGAAUGAAGACGAUGACGACGGUGAUGAUGAACCCACAUAUUGCGAGGUGUGCGGAAGAUGUGACAGAGAAGAUCGAUUACUUCUCUGUGAUGGAUGUGAUGCAGGCUAUCAUUGUGAAUGCUUAGAUCCACCGCUACGUAAUAUCCCAGUUGAAGAAUGGUUUUGCCCAGAAUGUGCUACUGAUAAUACUGAAGAGCUUGCUGUAGUUAUUAGCAGUGAUGAAGAUGAAAUUGCCAAUUUACUUGAUGAUCAAACACCAGAUUUGUCUUUGCCUCGAUUGCGAUCACAGCCUACCCGUGUUAUUGCACGUACUCGUAUCAGUGAGCGUGUCAGAGCCAGCAUACAGAGAGCGAGAGAGAGAGCCCGAAGACAAGAUCAAAAUGCCAGUACUUCCAGAAGAGGAACAGCCGCUGAUGACAGAUUACAAUCAAGUACAGCAACUGCUGCAAGCAGUUCUGCUUCAACUCCUUCCACAUCACGUACACCUCAAAGAAAAACUAAGCCAAGAAAGAGAACUACCACCAAAAAAAGAAAAGUCAAAAAGAGAAGAAAAACCACAAAAAAAAGAAAAGGGAAGUCAAAGAAAUCGACAACUACAACUACAGGAAAAACAGGCACUAAAAAAAGAAGGAAAAGGCGAAAGAAACGUAAAACAACAAAAAGAAAAGUUACUAGGUCACGUAAAGUGAAAACUGCCGUGCCAAGGACAGUGCGGGGAAGAAUUGCCAACAGGCUGGGACUUGUUAAACCUAAAACUGGAAGUACAGUGCCGGUAGUGAAAGUACAACGAGAUAGAUCAUUAGAUUACAAGCGAAGUGAAAUUGGUGUAUCUUCACUCUUAUUGACAGGAGACGAUUCCUUUCUAGAUUCUUUCGUUGAACCCACAACAAGCACUGGUAUCACCAGGGAAUCAGCUGGGGCAAGACGAGUAGGCAAAGUACUUUCAAGAACAGCUUUGAGUUCACAUCGACCUAUAGCAAGACCAGUAAGAAGGCAUGGAGAGGAAAGUGCUGUUCCUGCAGUGAAAGCACCAGUUGUUCCUCCUGUGAUUGAUGUACUAGGAGGUAUCUUACAAGGACAGACAUUGUUACAUAUGUCUAGUAGUGACAUAACUAUAAGUAGAGAUGGUUCUUUGAAACCUCACAUGCAGAAAGAGAGUUUUAAGAAACCCACAUCGCGAGUGAAUCAACAUAUCAAACAUGAUACUCAGGAUUUUACCAUUGCUGACAACAAACCAUGUGAUUCUGUUGAUGAUCCUAGUGGAAAUGAACCUGAAUCCACCCAAGGUCAUGUUGAUAGUAGUGACAAUCAGUCAAGUAAUAACAAUAAAAACAUUAACAAUUCCAUUGUCAGUAACAGUAACUGGUCAGCUAGUACUUCCCAAAACAUUGAAAGUUGCAGUGUUCUUCAAACACACAAUAAGGAUUCUGGGGAUUUUAGUAUUAGUGAAGGGACUGAUAAGUGCAGUAUGCACUCAAAAGACAGUGCAGAAAAGAAAACCAAAAGUAGUGAAGAUGAGUUGAAACAGAGUAUUUUAGCUGGUAUGCAGGCAAUGGACAAUUCUGUACAAGAGACUUUUGAAAUGUUGAACUGGGAUACAGAUACGGUUCAAAGUAAAGAUAAUCAUGAAGGUAUGAACAUCCAAGCUGUGUUUAAAGAUGUAAGCAGUGGGGAGGAAGAAGACACUGGUAAAAAAGAAUUGAUUUGUGAUAAAAAUGAAUUUAAUGACAAGAGUCUGAAAAUAUUGGAUAAUGAUGAAAAUGAUUCCAAUGCAAAUGAAAACGAUUCCGAUAAUGCUAAUGAGCUAAUGAGUGAGAAUAGAGUUGAUAACAUUGAAAAACAGUCGGACACUUCUAAAAAUGAUUUUGACAUCUCAAAUGAACUGAUAAAUAAUAGUGAUGAUCAAUUUGAUAAUGCUGAAAAAGAUUCCAAAGCAAGUGAAAAUGAACUGGGUAAUAGUGAUGGAGAAUUGGAUAAUUAUGAUAAAGAGUCUGAAAGGAAGGAGAAUGAAUUGGAUCAUAAUGAUAGAAAUGAACUAUGUAAUAGUGAUAAUGGGUUAGACAAUGAUGAAAAAGACUACAGUGCAUUUGUCAUGGAAAGUGAUGAGGAACAUAGUUUAAUAAUGGACAUACGUAGUGAUGUGUCAGAACAAGAAGCAUCAAACAGAGAUGAAACACCCGACCCUGAGCUUGCUUUCGAUGAUGAAAAUAAUAAGAAUGAUGUAGAGAAUGCAGAGGAUAAAAAUAUAGUCAGUCUAGGUGAUGUUGAUCAGCACAGAGAUGACCAUGGAAGCACCGAUAAUGAGAAUUCUGACGAUAAUGCUGUAGGUAAUAUGGAGGAAGAAAAUAUAGUCUGUCUAAGUGAUGUUGAUCAGCACAGAGAUGACCAUGGAAGCACUGAUAAUGAGAAUUCUGAUGAUAAUGCUGUAGGUAAUAUGGAGGAAGAAAAUAUAGUCAGUCUAGGUGAUGUUGAUCAGCACAGAGAUGAUCAUGGAAGCACUGAUAAUGAGAAUUCUGAUGAUAAUGCUGUAGGUAAUAUGGAGGAAGAAAAUAUAGUCAGUCUAAGUGAUGUUGAUCAGCACAGAGAUGACCAUGGAAGCACUGAUAAUGAGAAUUCUGAUGAUAAUGCUGUAGGUAAUAUGGAGGAAGAAAAUAUAGUCAGUCUAAGUGAUGUUGAUCAGCACAGAGAUGACCAUGGAAGCACUGAUAAUGAGAAUUCUGAUGAUAAUGCUGUAGGUAAUAUGGAGGAAGAAAAUAUAGUCAGUCUAGGUGAUGUUCACCAACACAGAGAUGAAAGUGGAAGCACUGAUAAUGAGAAUGCUGAUGAUAAUUCUGUAAAGGAUGUGGGGAUAGAAAAUGUGGUAGGUCUAGGUGAUGUUGACCUGCACAGAAAUAACCAUAAAAACUUUGAUAAUGGUGCUGAUGCUGUAGAAAAUAAUGAGGAAGAAAAUCUAGUCAGUUUAGGUGAUGUUGACCAACACAGAGAUGACUAUGGAAGUACUGAUAAUGAGAAUGCUGAAGGACCGGAGGAUUUCCAGAUGCCAAGCGAUAUGGAAGACAUGGUGGCUAUUAGUGAGGUUGGUGAAAGUUCAAAUGAAUGUCAGCUCGGGGAGGAAGAGGAGGAUGUACUGGAGACGGGUGGUGCUGAUGUUAAUGAUAGAGUUGAAGAUCCUGAACAAAAGGAUUUUGAGAAGAAUGCUGCAUUAGAUGGGAAAGAAGAGGGUGAAAUGGAGGAUGAUGGAGAUGUGAGAUGGGUUAUCACAAAGACAACUGAUGUAGUGACUGGAAUAAAAGAAACUACCGGUGAUGAUACUGAAGAAGGUGAAAUUAUUGAAACUAGACAUGACAAAUCAAGAUAUCGUGGCAGGGAGCGAACACAAGACAGCAGAAUUGUACAGUUAAAUAGGAAAAGAAAUAGUGAAAGCUUUGGUGCAGACAAUACAAUCCAUGAUGCAGAUUCUCCAAACUAUCGACAAUGGGAACUGUCUACCAAUCCCAAAAUACCUAUCUGUGAACUUCCUCGGAUUCCAAGAAUCAAAGGAAAUGCAAGUGUCAACAGAGCCAAGAGCAGGGAUUCUGAUAAAAACAAAUCCAAAAGUGCAAAAAAGAGUAAAAAAGAUAAGGAUAAGCCCAAGGAAAGGAAGGAAAAAAAGAAAGUUGAUAAGAAAAAGAAAAGUGGAGAAAAAAGUUCAGACAAAAAGGACAAAAGAGAUAAGCGUCCUCGCUCUGAAAGUUCUGAUCGUUUUAAAAGAAGGAAAUCUGAUGAUUAUUCUAAAGAAAAAAGUGCAUCCUGGAGAAAUGAUCAUGGGGAUAAGAUAUACCGUAAAGUUGAAAGGACAGAAAGAGACAUUACAAUCAGUGUAAGGAAUACAGAUAGGCGUGAUAAAGUCAGACGAGAAUUGACUCCUGCUGAGAAGUUUAGAGAACGGAGACGAGAUGAGGACAGGAGUAUCAGUCGUGGAAGACAAAGGAGUAGAGAGAGGGAUAGAAAGAUCUCUAAGGCUUCACCACUUCAUGAAUCACCGAUGCGUAGCUCAUCUCUUGAGAGAUAUCGAAAAGAUAGGUGGCGGGGAGAUAACAGAGGACAAGAAAGUGUCAGAUACUGGGAUGAGAAAUUUAAAGAAAGGGAGUGGGAUAGGUACAAAGUUCAACAUGGUGAUGUGUGGAGAGUGGAUCGAACUUUGAUGUGGGGUGAGGGUCGAAGGGAAGUUUUCUUUCAUAAAGAACCUGAGCGAUUGAGGUUUGAAACAACACAGGACAGUAUGCGCAGAAAGAGUCCUCCUUUGCAUUCAGAUGGCAGAGAGGAAAGAUACAGAAGGAAGGGGAAUGUUUUGAAAGAUAGAAGAGGGGAUGUAAAAGAGACUGAACAAUGGAAAGAGUCUGAAAGCAAACCCAAACUACAUGUAGAAGCUAAACUAGAAGUGAAGUACAGUUUGAACAGGAAGGAUGCUAAAAAGGCAGAAUUUAAAACUGAGAAAAAUCGAGAUCAUAGGAAGGGUGAUAAAGAGAAAGAAAGACCUAAAGAAAACAUAAAACAGGACCAGGAGAAUAAAAAUGUUGAAACUGUGAAAGUAAAACAUAGAAGUGGAAAAAAAGAAAAAGAAAUGAAAUUUGAUAAUAUUGAGACUAAACCUAAAGGUGUAAACAUGCCUAAUGUGGAAAAAAGGGAAAAUGGGGUUAAAAGGACAGUAGAGUUGGAAGGUUUAAAACUAAUAGAGCCUUCAGAACCUUGUGAAAAAAAUGUAAAAAAGCAGAGGACAAGUUCUUGUUCUGAAGCAGCAGAUGAGGCUGGUAGGUUGGAUAUUGUUAAUGACUGGUUGACCAGUCAUGUCAUUGCAAAGGACGUUUCUCCUAUGUUGGAACAAAGUAAAAGUAAUGUCAAAUCACUUCCGCACAACAAUGACAGUAAAAGUGAUGAUCAAUCUUCAUCAGAUGCAGCUGUUAAGAAACCUAAACAAACUUCCUCCACGGAUCAAAAUCAAGAGAAAAAAGAGACUGUUUAUGAUCCAUUUGAACCAACUCGGACUCCAAGUCCACUUGUACAUGCUAAUAGUAUGACUAAAAAUGUUUUUGAAUUGCCGUCUCAAACUGGGCCACAACAGAAUGUGGCUGCAUGUGUGCCGCCACUUGUCCCUUCUGAUGUAAAUGCACUUAACUUUGUUGGUGUUCGUCCGCCACCCCCACACCAGCCAUUGGCACCCAGAAUGGGUCUGAGACCAAAUAUACAACAGAUUUUAGCAAACACUGGAGUGCCUUUAAAUUUACAGCAUAUAGUAAGAAUGCCAGUUCCUCGGCCUGGAAUACGACCGUUAUUGAAUUUCUCUGGAAACAUGAGUAAUCCUCUUAUGAACCAAGUGAGAUUGUUAAAUUUACUGCCAGCUCUUGUCAGUCAAAAAAAUCAGUUGGGAAAUCAGUUUAUGCAACAGAGGCAACAACAACAAAAUGCAGAUCAGUUUAGGCCACAGCAAAGUACAAACAUUGGGAGUGCAUUUGUUGGAUCCUAUGGAUCUGUUCCCCCUCAACAAACGUCUGCAACAAGCAUUCUGCCAAGUCAUCACAUUGUUAAGCAAACAAACACUCUUAUAAACAGUCCAAAGGGAAAAGCAAAAAUGACACCACCUCCACCCACUGCAACAAGACCUGCCUCACCUCCUGCUGAAUCCAUAGAAACUGUUGACAUGGAAAUUGAUAUGUCUCCAGAUAGUGAUGAAGGCAAAUUAGAAGUCAUGCCAAGCAUUGAAGAAGAUGUUGAAUCAUCUGCAGUUGAACUUUAUAACAAAGGUAGUCGUGAAAGGUAUUUACAAAAGCUUCAGCAUCAAGAAAGGGUGGUUGAAGAAGUGAAGCUGGCAAUAAAACCUUUCUACCAAAAGAAAUUAAUCGAUAAAAAUGAUUACAAAACCAUCCUGAGAAAAGCAGUUAAUAAGAUUUGCCACAGCAAAAGUGGAGUAAUUAACCCAGUUAAAGUACGCAAUCUAGUGGAAGGAUAUGUUAAAAAAUAUCAAGGCAAGAAACUGCCUGACCAGACUAAAAUGAAAUUUAGUGGUAGCUGUAGUAGCAGUAGUUCUAAUAUUGGUACAAAAGUGAAAAAUAAUAGUGGACACCACCCAAGAACUUCCAGGACUGACCACCGGUGAUACUUUUCAGGGGGGAAAGCAGGUUUUACACAGAGCAAGAUUUACUUUUAACAAAAGCAGUAUUACAUUUAACUGUGUUAGUUAUGCAUCUAAGGAAUGUGUAAACAUCAUAGUCGGUAGAUGGUGCUAAGCGUUCCACUUUUUCC